AGCAGUUUAAGGAAAUGACUCGUUGUUGAUCCUGACAGGAUACUACGUUAAAAGCAAGAAAGAACCAUACGCCUAUAUACCUGCCGUGCCGGAUAAAAUUACGGACGACACCAACGUGACUCUCACUAAAAGGAGAGCAGUUGAUCUAUGCGUGGUGAUGAAGAACAGCGAUGUUAAACAGUGGCUCCUCAGAUAUUGUCAUUCUGCUGUCAGGAGAGCAAUCUGCAUGUGGCCAGUGACGUGUCCAGAGGAUUACGAGAAAGUGGGAACCAUAUGCUACAAGCUGAUCGAAUCCCCUUCCCCUGAACCCACCUUCCUGAAAGCUCUCGCCACCUGCAACAAGGAGGGUUCAGGCCUUGCCCACCCGACCACCAUGUCACAGAUUGACGAACUCGCUCUGUUCAUCGCGGAUAAAGUGGACUGGGAUGUCCAUGAUACUGCAGACGUGGCCAUUGGACUAAACGUGGCGUUUGGCGACGCGUCUCUGGGCGACCUGUACGAGAUGUCAGCAGAAGUGCACAGCGCUGUCAACAGAUCAUCAGUGGAGGGAACACAGCACCUCUUCCUCAGCGUGACCCAGAAUGCCUCCUGGGUCCUCGCGCCCACGGACUUCGGCACCACCACCCCAUUUUACGUCUGCGAGUUUCACGGUCCGCUCGGAUGCUGGACAGCUCCGCCUAACUGCAGUUUUAUGAAUAUUCAGCGCAACCUCCGUAAUCGCGCCGUUUUUCAAACUCUUACAUACUCUAUUAGCCUGGCUCUCAAUCCACAGGCCACACUAUUAGCCUGGCUCUCAAUCCACAGGCCACAUAUUAGCCUGGCUCUCAAUCCACAGGCCACACUAUUAGCCUGGCUCUCAAUCCACAGGCCACACUAUUAG